AUGACUAUGCCUAGCACUAGAGCCAUGGAACUUGAACCUGAGCUUGAACCUGAUGGAGCUAAACAUGUGGAGCUGGAACCUGAUGGAAUUAAAGACAUAAAGCUUGAGGUUGAGGAGAAACUUUAUGUCAUGGACAAACUUGUUGCCAACCAGGAGCUUGCAGCCGAGAAGAAGCCUUUAGCUGCACCAAUGCAACUGGAGUUAAUCUUGAGCCAAGAUGGAGAAGACAUGAUCCUAAACCUCCCUGGUACUAUGGUGUCUGAGAAGGAAGAUGAAGAAGAAUCAAGAAAAAGCCUCAGCGAAACCCUGUUGGAACAACUCAAAAAGAUGAUGAUUGAGGAGUUUGAUCGGAGAGAGCAGAAUAAAGAAGGAAAGUGGAAGCAACCUAAGGAUCCGGUCACAUCUAUGAAGAAAGAGACAGCCGAACAAGGCAGCCAAUGCCAAUCCAGAAGAUCAAGAUACGAACUGGACAGAAAGUUUGAGGAUCUUAGUGGUUACAUGAUGAUGAUUCCGCCAUUCAAUGGGAACAAUGAUCCGGAUGUAUAUCUGGAUUGGGAGAAAAAGUGCGAGAUUACCUUCAACCGACAUAACAUAGCUGACAUCAACCGAGUGAAAUUAGCAGCUAUGGAGUUCAAGUAUUAUGCUCUAAGUUGGUGGAAACAGGUUGAGACGGCACGAGCUUAUAGUGGAGCUUAUGAGAUCUCUACUUGA